AUGCUCCAAAAAAAUUUCGCAAUUAUUCUUCUGGCUGCUCUCAUCUUCAAUGUCGAAUCGCAGUAUUUUCCUGGUAGCUAUGGCGUAGUAGGACCAAGACCAUUUGGCAUGAUGGGUCCAUAUGCAGGGACAAUGGGUAGUGGUCCGAUGGGAAUGAUGGGAGGAUACAGCCCCUUACGAGGAGCAAUAAAAGGAGCUGUCGUUGGAUCGCUGAUCGGAGCCGUACUUGGAGGAAAAGCAAUGCUUGUAAAACUUCUCCUCCUCGCUCUCCUGACGGUGGUCCAAGUCAACACAAAGCCACAAUUUGGUCCUGGCAUGUAUGGAGUCAUGGGACCAUCACCUAUGAUGAAUCCGUACGGAAUGAGUGGCAUGGGCAUGAUGGGACCUAUGGGAAUGAUGGGAGGAUACAGUCCUGUUAGAAGUGCAGUGAGAGGGGCUCUUGUUGGAGGCUUGAUCGGAGCUGCAGUUGGGCGAUAA